CGAGAAGCAUGCAGCAGUUUUUCGUAAUGUUUUUGAUGCGGAGGCUAGGGCUUAAUGCGGUCCGUAUUUGGAGAGCAUACGCUUUUUAUUGACUUGGAUUAGGAGGGACUGUGAACUAUUUAAUCUCUGGGAUUGUCAAUUACUUUUUGCUGUUGUCGUCUGCGGUGCGACGCACUCAGCAGAUUCAAGCAGAGAGUGGAAUGGCAGACCGCAUGAUGGCAAUGAACCACGGACGUUUCCCUGAUGCAGUGAAUGGGCAUCAACACUCGCACAACGCGCGCAGGAUGGGAAUGGGACAGUUUUCCAACGCGCUUCCACAGCAGCAGCAUUAUACCGUUACCAUGGGAGAUCACCUGCAUUACGCGGGAGGGAAUGUAAACGCAAACCACGGGAUCCGGCAUUCCAUGGCAUCUGGGAAUAAUAUAAACGGAGGGAUCCCCAAUGGUAACUUGCCUGCCCGAUUUAACUCCCAGUUUGUCGGACAAGGGCAGCAGCUCGCUGCCAGUAUGCAGUUGCAGAAGCUCAAUACGCCUUACUACAGUCACCACACGCAUCCUUCCCAUCAUCACCAUUACAUGCACGAAAUGCACCCCGCCAGUCACCAGUUAAACGGGACAGGACAACAGUUCCGAGACAGUAACGUUAAACAGAAUACAUCUGGGGUUCCUCUGCCUGGCCACCACAUGCCUGCAGCAAUGCUGCCCCCCAACGUUAUCGACACGGAUUUUAUUGACGAGGAGGUCUUGAUGUCACUGGUGAUAGAAAUGGGCUUGGACAGAAUAAAAGAGCUGCCAGAGCUCUGGCUGGGACAGAAUGAGUUUGAUUUCAUGACAGACUUCGUUUGUAAGCAACAGCCCAGCCGAGUGAGCUGUUAAUCUCACUUUUUUUUUUCCUUUUUUUUUUGGCUUUGUCCUUUUUUAUGAGACUGAUAUUACUGGUGUGUUUUCCUAGGUCCAUAAACUAGAGGGUUCCCACAUUCCUGAAUGUAUCAGGGAAUUUCAAAAGUUCAUUUUUAGGCCUGAAAAAGUCUUGGAGAUUAAUUACAAUUAAAAAAAGCCAUGGACAUUUGUGUAGUCAAUAUCACAUUUCUAGAUAUGCUGACAUAUAACAUUGACCAAAAAAAAAAGAAUGUGAUUUCUAUAUUUUUAAAAAUCCUCCACUUCACAGAUAACUGGAAAAGGGGGGGAUCCUGUAAAUUCAUUAGUCAGGUGUGGGAACCCUGAAAUCCAAAUGAUGAGUCCACAAAACUUGGAAGUACCAUUCAAGAGUAAACAUUCAUCAGCUGGUUCAUGCCAUUAUGUAACAGAAAUUGAUUUGUUUUGCAUGAGGAUGGUUUGGACACCCAAGAGCCAUGCUAUAAGUCACAUACACAAGAGGCUGGAGAGUGAGAAAUGGACGGAAAUCCCAGACAACUCAAGAAUAUCUGUUCAGUAUUAAUGUAGCAGACAAAAUAGACAAAAAAAUAAUAAUUUUAAAAUCAUGUUUUGCUUUUUCAGACACUUUUAAUAUGAGACCUCCAGUGGUAUCAGAUGUCAGUGAAUGCAUAUUCUAAAUAGUGUUGGUGGUUAUGUGACAUGAUUGUAGAUAAUAGUUUGUAAUUGUCUCAAUCAGCAAUGUAUUAUACACUUUAGUGGCCAUAUUUACCAGACUCCUGUGCUGCUCAGAGAUUCACUGAACUGUGAGCAAAUGCUUCAAGUUCUUCUUCUCUCCACCCUUUCUACAUCUACUCAGGCCCAUGUUGCCUCCAUGAUGCUUGUGUGUAUAUCAGAGCCUAAACCAUAUACGGAAAUUAUAUGAAUGUGAGUGAGAGUGUGCAUUUGCCUGCUUCUCUCUAUAUGUGCUUACAUUGAGUACAGUGUAUCGAAAAGUCCAAGAAAAGGCAUUCCGAUCCUGAAUGUCAUAGUCUGGAAUGUUGUAAAAGAAGGGAAUGUGGAAAUAUCCCAACACAGAAGAGUUUCAUCUUCUUCGGUUUUGAAAAAUAGAUAGACCACUGUGCUUAUUAUAGUAUGCGGUACAUGGCAAUACUACUGUGUUGAGGCUUUCUAGGAAAGUUUUACAGUAUUUUUGUAUAUUUUUAGAAAAAAAAUGUUAAUUUAUUUUAAUUUGCAAACAUGAAUAAAGCAGCAGAGGCUCAUUACUGAAAUCAAUGCCCUGUUCUUUUGGGUGUCAGCAUCAUUUACGAUUCCAAAUUGUAGUUAUGAUGUUCUAUUCGUGUCAGUUUUACAAUUAAAGUUCUGUUCUAAUCAACAUAA